AAGUCACCGCACCAGCAGAGGAGAGAGGACUAGAGAUCGUAGGAUGGAAAAAUAGAAUCGCGACGCGAUACCAAUACCAUACCAAGUUGAAAAGAGAAAAGUUGCCUUUGGAAAUCGUGGGUUCCAUGGCAUCAGAACAGGUUAGCUCUCGUAAAAAGCAGUCAAGAAGUGUUCCAAAAGAAGAACUGAGACAUCCAGUCCUCUACAGACAUCAAGACUGCAUCCCUAACCCCAAGUUGCUCCAGAGUUGUGAAAGGAAUGUGCUUUUAGGUUUAAAAAACAAUCAGAGUCAAAACAACAUUCGGAGCAAAGUAGUUGGACAAGAAACCAAUGAAAGUAAAAGCAAUUCCAAAAAGUGUAACCACGUCAAAAGUAAAAAUGAUGAUAAAACUGAUAAAGCAGGGCAAGAGACAAAAGUAAAUUUGUCUCAACCGAACGGUACUUUAGGGAACAAUGAAGAGUUGAGUAAGUCAAGGAGAAGACGACUGAGGAAACGUAGACUGCUUGUGGCCUUAGCACCGACUUUGACUAAAAGUAAUCUUUCUCCUCCACCUACAGUGGUUAAUAAUCAAGGGGUGAAAGUGAUACCACGUCCAGUUGCUCAAUCUAGCCUCUCGACUGACGUGCCUCCAAACCCCACAGCACCGAGCAGAAGCGAACUUGGGAAACCUUCAGUGAAAGAGUCGAGGAAAAGAUCUGAAAAAAGCAUUAGCUCUAGAAGCAAGAGCUUGAAAAGUAAGUCAUUAGCAGAAACAACACAUCACACUAAAGCUGAUAUCAUAAAGACUUUGGAAGAAAAGACACUUAAUUCUUUGCUACAAACCUUAGUGCCCUUGACAAAUUCAUCUCCAAAGAAGGAGAAACCUUCUUUGCCGCUAUUCUCUUUUCCAGAAAAAAGAUUUACUACUUCUGAAUCCAAAGUGGACAAAGACGGAGUGUUUUAUUUUGGAGAGACGAAGCAUCAGUUGGAAAAGUUGUCUUCUUCGUUUAGUAACUACAGCACGAGUCCUUUUUCUGAUAAGUUUGACGCUGCACAAAGCAAGGAGCUGAACCGAAACUGUUUUUCAGCAAGUAAAAUAAGUAGCUUGGAAAAUAUUGUCCCUAGUUUCAACUUUUCUCAGACUGCCUCUGCUAGACCAAAUUGUUCUACAGCUAUUAGACAAAACUUAUUCAAUUCUGAAACUGUUGCGCCAAACAAAAGGCUUGUGGGGAAUAACAUUUAUCCUUUUCCAUCAGCUUAUACAAAAGAUUCAUUUCCAAGUCCUGUUUUGAAAGAUCUAUACCAGUUUAGAAGUGAAUGUUUUACCAGUCCAUCUGCAACCCCUACUUCUCCAUCCAAUUACGUAAAUAGACCAAAUAAUAUCCCUACAAAUACCGCUGAGGUUUUAAAUUCAGCAACCAAUCUGAUAAAACCCCUGCAUAACACCCCUGUAACCGUCUCUGGACCAAAGACACAGGUUGCAUCUCAAAAACUAUUUGAUUUCCCACAAUCACUUGUUCCUAAUACAGCUGUUGGAAAAUCUCCAGUGGGAAUUGAAAUCAGUAAUCCAGAAACAAAUAUUAAACCUGCUGUAACAAUGAAACCGACUGAAGAUAUUAAAAAAAGCAACAAAAGUAGAGAAGAAAUUUUACUUGAACGAGAAGCAAAAAAAGCAGCUAAGUUAGCUGCUAAAGCUAAAAAAUCUACGACCGAAAAAGGAAGUGUUCCUAUUACUGAUGCAAAGACUGAAACUGAGAGUAUAAAUCAAAAUAGCAUUAAGAAUAAAGUAGCCUCUGUGCCUCAGCCAGUAAACCUUGAGAAAGGACCUUCUAAGGAUACAUCUACUACAGGGAACAAUGAUGUUCCUGUUAUGCUAAUAAAAGAUUUAGAAGUUGACAGUAAAAAGCAAGGACCACCAAAAACUGCCUCAUCUGAGGAUGCUCCUGUAAAAAGUAAAGCCGAACUGAAAGCUGAAAGGAGGGCCAAACAAGAAGCCCAGCGAGCGGCCAAAGCAGCUGGUAAAACCCCACAGUCUCAACCGCAAGAGAAAGUUCCAAAAGCAAAAACGGAACAGUCAAAACCUGUUGUAAGCACCCCAGUGGUACAGACUGAAAAAAAAAUUGAGGUGUUGAAAACACUAACUCAACCAAAACCCAAACUGUUUAGUCAUCUGUAUCGGGAAAAAACAAAUAUAUCUACUGAAAAGCUAUUGAAAGUUUCCAGUCUUCACCCAGCAGUAGUUAGAUUAGGUGUUCAGUAUGCUACAAGGGUAGUGGUUGGCUCCAAUGCUCGCUGUGUGGCCUUACUGCGUGCAUUGAUUCAGAUGGUGAAUGACUACACGACGCCGUCAGAGAAAGAUUUCUCGCGAGGCUUGGAGGAAGAGUUGGGUCCGGUGGUGAGAUACCUGGACCAGUGCCGACCUCUGGCAGUGUCUAUGACCAAUGCUUUGAGACAUCUCAGCAGAACUCUCACUCAGCUGCCCAACAGUAUGACUGACGCAGAGGCCAAGCGGAAAAUUUGUGAUGUACUAGAAACUUAUAUACAUGAGCAAAUCAACAUGGCCGGUAAAUCAAUAUGUGAAACAGUGCAGAAGAAAAUCGUCAACGGAGAUGUGAUCUUAAUUUUUGGCUGUUCUUCGCUGUUGUACCAAAUCCUAGUAGAGAGCCAUGCUAGUGGUGUCAAGUUCAGAGUGGUCGUGGUGGACGGACUGCCUUGGCUGGAAGGUCGUGAAAUGCUUCGUCGGCUCGUGGAGAAAGGCUUGUCUUGCACAUAUGUACUGAUCACAGCUGCCAGCUUUAUCAUGCGAGAGGCCACCAAAGUUCUACUUGGUGCCCAUGCAUUGCUGGCUAACGGCUACGUCAUAUCGCGAGCAGGCAGCUCCCAAGUUGCACUCCUUGCUCACUGCUGCAAUGUUCCUGUCCUCGUCUGCUGUGAAAAUCACAAGUUCUGCGAGCGAGCACAGACAGAUGCCUUUGUCUACAAUGAAAUUGGAGAGUUACAUUGUUCGAAAAUGAAAGAGAAGGGGAAGACAUUGACGAAUCUUACGCCUCUGAGUUUAGCGUACGACAUCACACCCCCUGACCUGGUUACGGCUGUGGUGACGGAACUGGCUGUCCUGCCUUGUACGAGUGUUCCGGUCAUCUUGCGCAUCCGACCUUCCGAGCUUGCGAUGUAACUCACGGUGUGCUAGUGGAGACAAUAAUUCAAGCUUUAAACAUUGCUAUACAUAUGUAUUUUGUAAAUAUUUAAUCUCGCUCAUUCUAACACUGGUCAAGUGUCUGCAUGUUGCGCAUGUGCGGUUAUUGUUAAAGGUGUAAUAAACGAGAAUUGA